GCCAGUUUCCCGCUCCUCUGCCUGUAGUUUUGCGACAGUGUUGCAAAACGUGCGGCGGGUACCUUUACGGCAGGAAGGUGAGGGGCUGAACAAUAGAGCAAGCGCGGAAGAAGUGGUGCGGGAAGGAAAACCAGGAGGGAAAAAAAAGGGCCGGGGGUCGCGAGAGAUAAGAGAGAGGGCGCGCGCGCGUGGGGCGGGGCUGGAUGCCCGUGCGAGUUGUGAGGGCGGCUGAGCCCCGGAGGCGGCGGGUUCGAUUCCCGGCCGCGGUCUACUACUGUGCUUGGAGCGGCCUUUCCUGAGAAGAUGAGCCUCUCCCCGAAGGAGCUGUCGAGCCUGUUGAGCAUCGUCUCGGAGGAGGCGGGCGGGGGCACCUUCGAGGGCCUCUCCACGGCCUUCCACCACUACUUCGGCAAAGCCGAGCACUUCCGCGUGGGCUCCGUGCUGGUGCUGCUCCUCCAGCAGCCCGACCUGCUGCCCACGCCGCCCCAGCGCCUCACCGCCCUCUACCUGCUCUGGGAGAUGUACCGCACCGAGCCCCUCGCCGCCAACCCCUUCGCCGCCAUCUUCGCCCACCUCCUCAACCCCGCGCCGCCCGAGCGCGCCGCCCCCGGAGCGCCCUCAGCCCAGCCCUCCGCCAAUGCCAACGCCGCCGCCCCAGGCUCCACGGGCUCCGGCUCGGCUGGGCCAGGCCCGGCCGGAGGAGGAGGAGGAAGCGGAGGGGCCGGCGACGACAGCGAGAAGCCCCCGCUCUCAGGUUUUCUGCCUCCAAUAACACCUCCAGAGAGAUUCUUUCUUUCCCAGUUGAUGUUGGCUCCCCCGAGAGAACUGUUUAAAAAGACUCCACGACAGAUUGCAUCAAUGGAUGUAGGAAAUAUGGGCCAAUCUGUAGACAUAAGUGGCCUUCAGCUGGCAUUAGCGGAGCGUCAGUCUGAGCUGCCUACACAGAGUAAAGCAAGUUUUCCCAGCAUUCUCAGUGACCCUGACCCAGAUUCUUCAAAUUCUGGUUUUGACAGUUCUGUCGCCUCCCAAAUCACUGAAGCUCUAGUGAGUGGACCAAAGCCACCUAUUGAAAGUCAUUUUCGGCCAGAAUUUAUCCGGCCACCACCUCCACUCCACAUUUGUGAAGAUGAACUAGCUUGGUUAAACCCCAUAGAACCAGAUCAUGCCAUUCAGUGGGAUAAGUCAAUGUGUGUGAAAAACAGUGCUGGAGUAGAAAUCAAGCGAAUCAUGGCCAAAGCAUUCAAAAGUCCUUUGUCAUCACAGCAGCAAACACAGCUCCUUGGCGAACUGGAAAAAGAUCCCAAGCUUGUUUAUCAUAUUGGACUUACACCUGCCAAAUUACCUGACUUGGUGGAAAAUAACCCCCUAGUUGCUAUAGAGAUGCUGCUUAAAUUAAUGCAGUCAAGUCAGAUAACAGAAUAUUUUUCGGUCUUGGUCAACAUGGAUAUGUCUCUACAUUCAAUGGAAGUUGUAAAUAGGCUUACUACAGCAGUUGAUCUUCCUCCAGAAUUUAUCCACCUUUAUAUCUCCAAUUGUAUUUCUACAUGUGAACAAAUUAAAGAUAAAUAUAUGCAGAAUCGGCUGGUUCGUCUCGUUUGUGUCUUCCUACAAUCCUUGAUUCGGAACAAGAUCAUUAAUGUACAGGACUUAUUUAUAGAGGUACAAGCAUUUUGUAUUGAAUUCAGUCGAAUAAGAGAAGCAGCUGGCCUUUUUCGAUUGCUGAAGACACUUGACACUGGUGAAAAUCCAUCAGACACAAAGACUUCAAAAUAAGACUUAUUUGGAAGAAUAUUUUUAUUGGAUUAGGACAUUGUAAGAUUUCUGUAUAGUUGACUUGCUUGCAAAUAAGAUGCGAUUUGUGCUGUAUUAAAUACUGCUUUUGUUUUGGACAAGUUUGAAUCCUGAUAACAUGUAUGAGCAUGCGUUGGUGUCUCUCCUCAGGUUGAAACUAGCCUAACUUUUAAUUAUGAUGGCAAGAUUAAAACCAUAGAGGGAAAUAGCAGUAUUGAGUAUGAGUACUAUGAGUAUGACAGUAUUACUGGUGCACUCAGGGAGAGGUAAGGCAUGCUAACAUUUUCACUUGUUUCUAAGAGUUAGGUAUAAGACUGUCCCCCAUCAUAUAUAUAAGGAGUAAUGGAAGCUGCAUUGUCUUCAUAUCCAAACCAACUUAUUUGGCAGUGAUUUAGCUACAUAAUUUGAAAUGUUUGUGAGGAUGGCAAUUGUUAGCUAAUGUUACUAGCAGUAUUUCUCUGUAUUAUCCAAAUUAUAGCAUUCAGUUGCAUCAACAUUCCCAUUGUAACUUUGCCCAACUCAUUUUGCCUUAUUUGUUUAACAAACUAAACAAUAAGUUGAGCAGAAGAAUAUAUAUUUGACAUUUAGGAAAAAGUUUAAGUAGAAGGAAAGCUACAUCACAGACUUAGGAUGUAGUGGUAGGCUUAAUGCAUUCUUUUGUUACAUUAUACAUUAAUUUUGUUCUAUAGGUAUUGUAGUUGAAGGUCCUAGUAUUCAGCUCCAUCAGAUACAUUUCAAGAUAGUGAUUUCUUCCCUCUUGAUCAAAUCUACAUACUACAUUGCUUUUUUGUGUCCACAUCAAAGCAAUUUGCUGAGGGGGAACCAGGUAUCACUGCUGUGAUCAGUCUUGAAAGCAACCCCCAAGAAGUUGAACUUAAGAUUCAGUAUUACUUUGAAAAAGUAUUUCAAAGUGCAGCUGGAGUACAUUAAAACUUGCUGUAUAGCAUGUUUAUCACUAAACUGCAAUUUCAAAAUAGACUAGAUGAAUGCAAGAAGAAUAAGGCUAUGUUGUCUCCCAUUAUUUAAGCAUUAUGCCUCUCACUACCUGUUCCUGGGGAAUGAAUGGAGGGAGAAUUUCACAGGAAACCUGUUUGUGGGCUUUCCAUAGGUGGUCAGUUAAGAACAAUACUGAACAAAAUAGUUUUGAUGCAGCAUAAUUUUGUCAUUCCCCACAUACCAUAAAAGCAACUGGUCAAACUAAAAAUUAUUUAGUAGAAUUGGGAUCAUAGACUUUCUGAUCAAUUUUUUUUACUAUUUGUUUUAUCUACAAACAUCCCAUUUUGAUAGUAAUUAAACAGAAGUUGUGUUCA